AAAGGAAAUAGUCCUCUUAUAGCAUAGAAGCUACUUCAAGCGUUCAGCUCUGUAACGGCUACCUCUAGCUGAGUUGUGGCCACAAUGCAGCAGGACCUACAAGAAGACCUAGCCAUACCCGGAGAAACAGAUGUCUUCUGUGAAGGAAUAUCUUCCAGGCUCCCGGAAAUCAUGUCAGUAGGAUCGCAAUCAUUCUCCCCUGGAGGCCCCAAUGGGAUCAUUAGAAGUCAGUCCUUUGCUGGCUUCAGUGGUCUGCAAGAAAGACGCUCUAGAUGUAAUUCCUUCAUCGAAAAUUCCUCUGCGCUCAAGAAGCCCCAAGCAAAGGUGAAGAAAAUGCAUAACUUGGGACAUAAGAACAGCACCAUGCCCAAAGAGCCCCAGCCAAAAAGGAUGGAAGAGGUCUACAGGGCCUUAAAGAAUGGACUGGAUGAGUAUCUGGAAGUUCACCAGACAGAGCUGGAUAAGUUGACUACUCAGUUAAAAGACAUGAAAAGAAACUCCCGCCUGGGAGUGCUGUAUGAUCUAGAUAAGCAAAUCAAAGCAAUUGAAAGAUAUAUGAGAAGACUGGAGUUCCACAUUAGUCAGGUGGAUGAGCUGUAUGAAGCCUAUUGUAUCCAAAGACGACUCUGUGAUGGUGCCAGCAAAAUGAAGCAAGCAUUUGCAAUGUCUCCUGCCAGCAAAGCAGCUCGAGAGAGUCUGUCUGAAAUCAACAGAAGUUACAAGGAGUAUACAGAGAACAUGUGUACCAUUGAAGCAGAACUGGAAAGCCUAUUGGGGGAGUUUUGCAUCAAGAUGAAAGGUCUGGCUGGCUUUGCUCGUCUCUGUCCUGGAGAUCAGUAUGAGAUCUUUAUGAGGUACGGGCGACAGCGAUGGAAACUAAAAGGCAAAAUAGAAGUGAAUGGCAAACAGAGCUGGGAUGGAGAAGAAAUGGUCUUCCUUCCUCUGAUUACUGGGCUGAUUUCCAUUAAGGUCACAGAAGUUAAAGGACUUGCUACUCACAUCCUGGUGGGAAGCGUAACCUGUGAAACAAAGGAUCUGUUUGCAGCCCGUCCUCAGGUGGUUGCUGUUGACAUCAAUGAUCUUGGCACGAUAAAGCUGAACCUCGAAAUCAUCUGGUAUCCAUUUGAUGUUGAGGACCUCACCCCCUCCACGGGAAAUGUGAACAAGGCAUCUGCUCUCCAACGGAGGAUGUCUAUGUAUAGCCAAGGCACUCCAGAAACACCAGUCUUCAAGGAUCGCUCAUUCUUUAAAUGGUUGCAUCGUCCACAAGACAAGCUGCAGUUGACAGCUUUUGAUGCUCUGCAAGACACUUUCUUUGACAAGCUUCGGCGUAGUCGCUCUUUUAGUGACCUGCCAUCUCUCAGGCUGAGGCCUAAACCAGGGCUUGAGCUCUAUUCCAAUUCACCAGACGACAUUUUUGAAAAUGGGAUGACAUCCACCGAGAAGAGACCCCUCUCUUUCACUUUUGGUGAUAUGCCCUAUGAAGAUGGAGUUCCCCCAGCCAACUUGAAUUCUUCCUCAGCCACUGUCAGUUCCAAUCCUGAAAUUACUACAGAGCGCAGUGCUCGCAAAUCCUUAAACUCAAUCUUGGACAGUACUAGUACAAACUCAUCCAUGGACUCCACACCUGAGUCAAAAGACUUCAAAUCACAGCUAGAGCACACACCAGUAAAUGAAGACAAGAAAUUUUCAAGAGCUGCUUCUGAAGGUUGCCAAAAGCUUUCAGGUGCUGGAAACGAUGCCCUCUUCAUAGAUACUAGUGUCCCUGUGUCUCUUCUCCAGGAUACAGAUGAAGUGUCAGAGCUAAAACCUGUGGAACUGGACACGUAUGAAGGCAACAUCACUAAACAGCUGGUAAAAAGUCUUACCUCAGUGGAGGUUCCAGUGAUACCUGAAAGGCUGCAGUGUGAGGGAUCAAUAAGUGGGGAAUCAGAAGGAUAUAAGUCUUACUUAGAUGGAAGCAUAGAAGAAGCCUUGCAAGGGCUUCUUCUAGCACUUGACCCACAUAAAGAGCAGUAUAAGGAAUUUCAGGACCUGGACCAAGAAGUGAUGCAUCUAGAUGACAUCCUAAAAUGCAAGCCAGCAGUAGACCGGAGCAGGUCCUCCACUUUAAGUCUAACAGUUGAAAGUGCUUUAGAAAGCUUUGAUUUCCUGAACACCUCUGACUUUGAUGAUGAGGAUGGUGGAGGUGAUGAGGGUUGUAAUGGUGAAGGAGGUGCUGACUCAGUAUUUUCAGACACUGAGACUGAGAAGACUAGUUACAGGACAGAACACCCAGAAGCCAGAGGGCAUCUUAGCGAAGCUUUGACAGAAGACACAGGAGUUGGUACCAGUGUAGCUGGAAGCCCUCUUCCGUUGACCACAGGGAAUGAGAGUCUUGAUGUAACCGUAGUUAAGCAUUUGCAAUAUUGCACACAGCUUGUUCAGCAAAUUGUGUUCUCCAGUAAAGCUCCAUUCAUAGCAAGAAGCCUCCUGGACAAGCUGUCCAGGCAGAUCCUUGUGAUGGAGAACAUAGCAGAGAUCAGUAGCGAAAAUCUGGGAAACAUCAACUCCAUCACUGAAGCAAUCCCAGAAUUUCAUAACAAGCUAUCCUUGCUGUCCUUCUGGACUAAAUGCACUGGUCCCAUAGGGUUGUAUCAUACCUCCGCUGAUAAGAUGAUAAAACAGUUGGAUAUCAAUUUUGCUACUGCUGUGAAUGAAGAGUGCCCAGGACUUGCAGAAACAGUAUUUAGAACCCUGGUGUCUCAGAUCCUGGACCGAACAGAACCGAUCCUCCCCUCCAGCCUGCCGUCAGAAAUUAUAACCAUCUUUCAGUAUUACCAUUAUUUUACCAGCAACAGUGCUAAUGACCUGGGAAGCUAUUUGCUACAGCUUGCAAAAGAAGCUGCAGUGGUUCAGAUGCUACAGUCGUUAAAAAAUGGAAAAUUGAAGCAAAAUAUUGCUGAAAUAACCUCUAGCAACCUUCCACCUCAGCAGGAAGUGCUGAGGGCUUUGGCUUUACUUCUGAUUGAAAACAAAAAUGAAAUCAGUGAGGCGGUGACAUUGCUCCUGUCAACUACAGCAGAAAACAGGCACUUCAGAGAGAAGGCCUUGAUGUAUUAUUGUGAAGCAUUAACCCAGCCGAGUCUCCAUCUCCAGAAGGCAGCUUGCAUGGCACUGAAAUGCCUCAAGGCUACUGAAAGUAUUAAAAUGCUAGCCACACUCUGCCAGUCUGAGGAUGAAGAGAUCAGAAAAAUAGCAUCUGAAACUCUGCUCUCUCUUGGUGAAGAUGGGCGGCUGGCAUAUGAACAGCUGGAUAAAUUCCCUCGGGAAUUUGUUAAAGUUGGAGGCCAUCGUGGGACUGAAGCUGCCACUGCCUUUUAGGUGCAAGAUAACCCACCUACCAUUUUCUAGUGAAAAAGACUGGCUUAAUUCACCAGGGUGGUGCUGUAAUUUAAACUGCCAGUAAAAAUAUAAUCCAACUUUUGAAGCAUGUUAUAAAACUGUCCUGAAAUGCAGCAGCUUAGAUUUUUAAAGAAAAAAAAGCAUGCAAAACGCAGCUCCUGAGUUCCUCUUGGCUCUUUGCCAUAGCUUGCGACAGAAUGGAUAUGUGCUGAAGAAUAAUGCUGCUUCGGAGUGAAUGAUGAGCCUCAGCAAACUUGUAUGAGUUUUUAGAAAUCAGCAUCUGGAUACAUUUCACAGGACUUUGUACUUUUUUUUGCUGAAGUUGUUGUAAAAGCUUGGAAUCUGAUGCUGUAUCUAAAAAGGAGAAGUGGGAGGCCACUCAAGUAGAAUUAUAGAGCACUGCUCUCUGCAUACUAAGCUAAGUGUCUGAUGCCUUGUAGUGUCCCCCUAACACACCACUCAGCUACUCAGUUCUGUUUUAAUAAUGAAAUAUGGAAUGAGUUUUUUCAAAUCAAGCCUUGCCUCCAGAAACAGCAUGACGUAAGCCCCAGGGGAUGUCACUUCAGCUAUUUGCAUUAAAUGCCUCUGCUGAUCUUUUAUUUCCUCUCUCUCGCCCUCAAGUAACGAACCACCAUUAAUCCAGGGAUUUACUUGUGCUAUCAAUCUAUUACGUAGGUUUUGUAGAAAUAAAUGGAAGGUUAACAGAGCUCAUUUUUCAAACCAAGGAAAGGCUAAUAUAGUACAAUUAAUUGCAUAAAUCCCUCAAGUUGGUUUUGUUCCCUAGGUAACAAUAAGGAGUGGGUUUCACGCAUGCUGACUAGUGGAUGGCAGCUUGCUAUAGUGUAGUUCCAUCAUAAAGAACAGCAUACAAAAAAGGAACUUGAGGCUACAAUAAAUGUAGUGUGAAAUAAAUGCAUUUUCUACCCAUUUCAUAAGAGACAGGAUACUUCAAGCUGUUGAUUACAGACUUUAAGUUAACAGAAAAAGAGGUGAGUGCAAUUUUAAGAGAAGGGUGUUCCUGUGCAGCAAUUCAUUUUACAUUAAAUACUAUUUAGAUGUCAGUUAAAGCAUCCAGAUUUUGAUAGACUUAUCUAAGAGAAAGGUUACCGAGAAUUCACUUCAAAAAGAAACCUUGCGCGCCAAAUACACUGGCAGACAGUUUUUGACUGUGAAUGUUACAAUAAUGUACAUAUAUCUGUAUAUUUAUAAAUAUAUAUAUAUAUAUUAUAUAUAUAUAUUCUUCCUUUCGAUUGUUACAUUUGUACAGUUUUAAAUGUUUACUUGUUUACCAGAGGAAAUAAUCCCUUUUUAUCAAAGGUGAGAUAACCAUGUUAUGGUUUUUAUAUCAUAUCUGUUGCAUGACCCGAUUUCUGCCAUGGUGUUCUUUUGUACUGACUUUUGCUUUUUUUUUUGCCAUUUAGUUUUGUGGUAUUUGUACUCAUAUUGCCUGUCACAUUUAAGUUAUAAUAAAGAAUAUUUU